AUGAGCUUCGAUAAACUAAUGCUAAAUCGACCUAAUUAUACUGCAAAAAAAUUAUUAUAACCAUUAUUUGUAUCAGCUAGACCUUAGAACUUUAUUCAAACCCCUAUUAUGAAUAGAACAGAAAAUAGAGAUAAACCAUAAAAUUUUAUGGAAACUUAAAGAAAGACUUUUCAUCAAAAAAAUGAAUCCAAUAAAUCUUAAUCUAUUAGUAUAAAAAAAUAAAGAGUUCAAGAAGCAUAUAAUUCAUUAUCAGAUUUUAACGAUAAAAAAUAAAUAAUUGCAUCUCUAAAAACUUUGAAUUCAGCUGAUGAGAGGUUGAACUUUUGUAAUAAUUUAGAAUUCAAUUAAUUGAUAAAAUUUUAGAGAGAAAAGAUGAAAUGAUGGUAGCUUAAUUAAAAUUAAAAGCAGUCAAAUUAGAACCUAUCUUUAACGUAAUUAGAAGGAAGUUGCGAAAAUAACGUCUUGGAAGUGCUACUCCUAAUUAAUCAAAGAAAGGAACCAUCAUUCUGAGAUAAAAAACAUCAGAUGACUUACCAAAAACAAUGCCUGAUCAAACAGGAGAUAGUAGAGAAAAAUAAGAUCAUAGUAUAAAUCAAUAAGAAACAAUUAUUGAAGAUCAAAUUAUUGAAAAAAUAUAAACUAAAUUUACUGCUGGAGUAGCUUUUUCUUGGCUUGCAAAUAGACAUGAUAAUAAGUAGGGUAAAUAUAUAGAUUUAUUUAUUAAAGUUUAACUGGAACCUGAUCCUACUGAACGGUAAUAUUUAAGAAGAUCAACAGCCUUACAAUAUGGUAAAACAACAAUGAAUAGACUCAAAUAAUAAGUUUCAAAGAAAGUAAGUGAAAAUUCUGAUGAAUUAAUACGGCUAGGAAACUUUAAGUUGGAACCUAAAAAAGAUAAAUACGAUCUAAGCAAAAUCAAAGCAAAAGUUGAUUCAGGCUUAAAUAAACUUUAAUAGACUUAAUUGCCUAAAGUCAAUAUUAUUAAACGAUAAGACACAUUAAGAUAUAUUACAUCCGAAAGGAAUGAAAUUUCUGCUCUUGGAGAAAUCUAAGCAUUAAGAAGUGACAGCAAAAUAAGAAUCUAAAAACUCUGA